UUUGAGUUCAAGUUGAGAGCGGAGUUCUUUCACUAUUUAACUAACCAAAAAAAAAAAGAAAAGAUCUAUAUAAAAAGGUCACAACUUUUCAUCGUCAUGUCAUUUAAACCUGAUAUGAGUUAUGCUGCAAUGAGUGCAUCUAACCAGAAAGAUGUUAUGACUCGCAACAACAUUAAAAAUAUAUCAAGAAAUAUUUUUCAAAAUAUGGAAGAGGACAAAGGGAAUAUCAAUUUAGAGAGCUUGAAGAAUGUGAUCGAUGAGUACAUUGAUCAGUCAAAUGUUAAUUAUGGUUACAGCGCAGAUGGACAUGCUUUCCAGUUGAAUGAAGACAUGAAAGUUAAACCAUUUCUAAUUCCGGCUAACCCAGAGCAAGCUAUUAAAAAUGAUGAAGAACUUGGAAUAAAUCGCUAUCAACACCUUUCACGCAGAACUUUGUGGCGCUAUAAUGAUGAGACUAAAAACUAUGAACCGUUUAUGGAGACCUAGCCUGUCUGCAAUAAAAAUAAUCUUAAUGAAUUAUAAUAAUAAAAAUCAGAAAUAUCUUAAGAUUUGCUGUGUGGAUUAUUGUUUGAUUAUUGAUGAAAGGAAUUACACGACCAGAAGUCACGAUGCCUGAAA